CUUGACGUCUUUGCGUUUGUGUAACUUGUGACAGUUAUAACCUACAGUACAGAUAAAGAAUUUUAUGGUUUCUCUCUUAAUGUACAAAAGUUAAACAUCAAUUUUUUUUUAAGUUUAAUAACAGUUUGGUGAAUACUUAUUCAGUCAAUUGGUUAAUCAAGGUGUUACACCAUGAAAUAGCCGUAGUGGUGAAUAUACUUUCAUAACCAAAUUUUGAAGUCUAAAAUAAUUUUUUGAUAUUUUAGUUCUUGUUUAACCAAUCCCAAUUAUUAUCAUGAAGCAGAUUAUGCCACGGUGGGGAUUAGAAGUGGCAAGAAUGUUUUUGUAUAUGAUGUUUCCAGUUGGAUGUUUUCAUUACUUUAAUAACCCCCAAAUUUUUGAAGAUUCUGUUGUCAAAAUUAGACAACAAAAUCAAACACCAAUCCCAGUAGAGAAACAACAAGAGAUUAGAGAUUCAAUUAAGGAUUUACAGAACCAUAUAUAUUUGAAGCACAUUCAAAAUUUGGAAGAAAAGGAAAAAAUGAAACAAGGCUCUUUAGCAAUGUAAAACUUCUGUGUUAGAUGGAAGAUCAAAAAUCAUUAAUUCUGUUUUCCUAAAUGAUUUAUUUUUUGUGUGCAAUUUUCAUGUUGUUAUGGACAAAAACAAUUCUGGAUUAAACAAAAUUAAAAUUAAAAACUAACCUUCCUUUAAGUGUUAAAUACCAUGUUGAAACUUUUGUAAAUAGCAAAUAAAUUAAAG